AUGCGGUUAUUCCUUACCUGCCACGAUCCGACGCUCUUCUCGUGCCACGAUCACGCGAAACUUCUGUUUCUCUCACGCGAAAAAACUCACGCCCCGCUGCUCCCCGCUCCGCGCCCUCGAUGCACCGAUGCACGAUGGCGGGUCGGGCGUCGGCGCCGCGUCGUUGUGAUAAACUAA